AUGGAGAGGCGGUACAACGCCGCCGAUACACGUUUCUUUAAGAAACGUAAGGACCGUCACCAGAGUGCCCGCCGCGACGGCACAACAUAUCUGGAGACUGCUGCUGAGUUGUUCUGGAGAUGGAAGAAGGAAGGCCAUCAACCAACCGCAGUCGAAAGAGACUAUCUAAGGGUAGUCUGUGAGAUUGAACUCACUAACGCGGACGGCGCUGCGCUUGCGAAGCCAGCGACCGGCGAAUUCUACCACGAGGUGUUCGCUUCUUGGUUUAGGGUAGUGGUGGAGGUGGAGGAGGAGCUCCAGCUUCUGGCCUAA